ACGAAACAGAAAAUUUAGCCAGCAUAAGCAGGCUGUGUAGCAAUCCUUAAAGCUCCCAGUUCCUGCUGCAACAUAUCUCUGGGUCUUGAACUCCACAGUCAAACACUGUCUGGCCUCGGCUAUGGAUUUCUAGUGCAAUCUUUUCCACUUGGAUCCUCAAACAUGAAUGGCUGAGACUGAAAGAUUUUGGGCAGCAGAUCCAUCAUCUGUUUCACCAGCAGCAUGGCAAGAAAUAUUUUUGAUGUCUUGAAAGAAACUCUAGAUGAGUUACGGGAGGAAGAGUUUAAACACUUUAAAGCAAAGUUAGAAGAUUUUAAAAUAGCAAGAGGUAAACUGGAGAAGGCGGACAAAUGUGAUACUGCCAUCUUAAUGACAAAUGCAUACAACAGGAACGCCAUGCAGAUUGCCCUUCAAAUCUUAGAGGUUGUCAAGAGGAACGAUCUUGUGGAGAAAUUAAAGGAUGAAAUAAGAAAAAGUGACGUUAAUGAAAGAGGAAAAUCAGAACAAGCCAAGAAACUUAUUCAUGUCAAUCUGAAGACAAUUACUUUACUUUCAGAUUGUCCUUUCGAUGGUGAUGAAGGUAAGCCUCCUGAAUACAGUGAAUCGUUUUACAAAGACAACAUCAAUUUAAAAUGGGUCAGGUGGAAUGGGACUCUCCCUCAAGGAGCUGUAGGCAUCUAUAAUUCAAAAAAAUCUCGGAAAGACUAUGUUUGCAAAUAUAGAAAUCACGCAGGAUUUUAUACCCCAGACAAGGACUCCUGCUGCUACUAUUCGUUGUCAGGAAAAGAAGAGUGGUCCAAUGAUUUUGAUAUUUUAGUAAAUAAAGAUGACUUUGAACCUUUAGAAUGGAAAAGUGAUAGAUGGGGUAAUGUGCCAGGAAAUUCCAUUAAAACUAGUGAUUUUGGUGGUGUCUAUGUUGGCAAGACUUCUGAUUACUUAGGAAAAGUGGUUCCCCAACACAAAAACUUCUUUUAUCCUAAUGAAGGUAAAGAAUGUUACUGGCCAUUUUAUGAUGUACUUGUAAUUAGCCAGAAAAGUUAUACUCAGCAAAUUGUUGACAUCAACUAUGAAACAGAACAAUUGAAAGUGGUCAAUCAGCCAAGACGAAUCUUGGGGUCCACCACAAUUGAUAACCGCGAUGGUCAACUUAUGUUCAUGUCUCUUCGGAUUCAGAUAAGCUUUGUUGUAAAGAAGUCUUGGGAUAUUGGCCGCUCUACUGCUGCUGGAGUAGAAACACAAGUAACUGCACUUGUUCCCCAUUUUAGUAGGAAUCAAAUGACCUUAGAAGCUCAAAAGACUUUUCGUUGCAGCAGGGGAACAGUGCUUUUAGAAGACACAACCCAUGACAUUAACUAUAGCAUUAACAUGCCAGCCAGAAGCAAAUGCACAUUAAAAAUUGAAGGGGCAGUCAUGAUGGCCAACCUACCAUUCACAGCUACGCUAAAGCGGAAUUAUGACAGCUGCUUGAAGCAGACUUCCAUUGAAGGUAUAUACAAAACAGCAAAUAUUGAAGAUUUGAAAGCCAUUGUGGAGGAAUUUGAAGCUACUGGGACUGUCUAAUAACAGGAAACUAAAAAUUAAGGAAGACACAUAACUAAAUUCUCCACCUCAAAACAACUUUGAUUCUGAAGAAUGAAAUGCAAGUGGUAAAACCUAAGGCUAAUAUCCAGGAACGUUAAGUGCACAAUGAUGGUAGUAAAACCUCUAUGAUGAAAUAUUGUCAUUCAAUGAUUUGGGCUAUUAGUGUACAUAAAGCUGUCCAUUCUCCAUCUACUGUAGACAGACAACACAUUUUAGGUGCCUGCCCCAAAACUAUAACAUUACAUCUUGUAUUCCAGUUCCAAGAAGGCAGGUACCUCUUCACCUAAUGACUAUGGACCAGAUGAUCUUAUCUCCCGCAUCAUGAAAGUACUGGACUAUGUGAGUCCUCUUGUGGAAGACCAAUUGAACCUUCUGUAGUUUGCCUAAUGAACAAAAAUUGGAGUGAAAGAUCCAAUUAUCUGUCUGCUCCAUAAUGCUUAUUCCCUUCUGGACAAAGCUUAGAGUACUACGAAGAUUAUAUUUUUUGAUUUCUCCAGUGCUGUCAGUACCAUUAAACUAUCUCUGUUAAAGGUCAGAAACAUGCAGAUGGAUGAGCCUAUGGUGUUGAGGAAUAUCUGUCCGUCAGACUGUAGUUUUUGAGCCUUUAAUGUGGAUGUGACUAUCACUGGAGCACCACAAGGAUCGCCUCUUUCUCUUUUUCUCUUCACUUUGUACACCAUCCAUCCAUCCAUUAUUCAACCCGCUAUAUCCUAACUACAGGGUUACGGGGGUCUGCUGGACUUUGUACACCUUGGACUAUAAAUAUAACACCAUGUCAUGUCUACUGCAGAAAUUCUCAGAAUGAUUCUUCACUUAUGGGGUGUAUAGAUAAGGGGGAUGAGACGGAGUAUAGGAGUCAGGUGGAGAACUUUGUUCCUUCCUGAGUAUUGUCUGCAACUCAACCUGAGCAAAAUCAAGGAACAGAUUAUUGACUUUCACCAUGCUAAAGAGCCUCUUAGCCUGGUCACUAUUCAGAGAGUGGAUGUAGUGUUGGUGCUUUGCUACAAGUACUUGGGGUCAAUAUCAAUGACAGGCUUGACUGGCCUAGUAACACAGAUUAAGUAUACAGACACUUCUCUCCUAAGAACCUACCUGUUUAACAAUUGCACAGAUGUAUGACCAGCUCUCCGACCAGUCGUUAUUGCAUGCUGUACGACUUUGGUCGUGGAAACAGCAGCUUCAGGGUCAUGCACCAUAAGCUGUGAGGCAGAUACUGGUUCACCACUUUUGUGUUCCUGUCGCAAACUCUGUAGUUAGUGUUAGUUGGCCAACUAAUCAUCCACUGUGGUAUUGCUCUUGUGCUAUG